CGGCCCGCGGAUGGGCGCCCCGCCGUCGCCCUCGGCCUCGGGGGCCUGGGCGCGGCGGGCGGCGCUGACGGCGGGGCUGGUGCUGCUCUACUACGCCUUCUCCAUCGGCAUCACCUUCUACAACAAGUGGAUCAUGAAGAGCUUCGCCUUCCCGCUCUUCAUGACGCUGCUGCACCUGCUGGUCAUCUUCGGGCUGAGCGGCGCGGCGCGGGCCUGGCGGGGCCGGAGCGCGGGGGCGGCGGCGAGGCGGGCGCGGGGGCCGCUGCUGGCCUGGCCCGGCUACCUGCGCAGGGUGGCGCCCGCAGCGCUGUCCACCGCCCUGGACGUGGGGCUCAGCAACUGGAGCUUCCUCUACAUCACCGUCUCGCUCUACACGAUGACCAAGUCCUCGGCCGUCCUCUUCAUCCUCCUCUUCUCGCUGCUCUUCAAGCUGGAGGAGCCGAGGGCGGCGCUGGUGCUGGUGGUGUUGCUGGUGGCCGGCGGGCUCUUCCUCUUCACCUACCGGGCGACGCAGUUCGAGGCGCAGGGCUUCCUGCUGGUGCUGGCCGCCUCCUUCCUGGGCGGCGUCCGCUGGACCCUCACGCAGAUGCUGCUGCAGAAGGACGAGCUGGGGCUCCAGAACCCCAUCGACACCAUGUUCCACCUGCAGCCCCUCAUGUUCCUGGGCCUCUUCCCUCUCUUCGCUGCCAUCGAAGGCCUGCCGUUGUCCUCAUCAGAGAAGCUCUUCCGUUUCCAUGAGGUGGAGAAGCUGAUGGGUCUACUAGGGAAGCUUGCCCUUGGGGGUGUGCUGGCAUUUGGGCUGGGCUUCUCAGAGUUUCUCUUGGUGUCAAGAACAUCCAGCCUCGCCCUGUCUAUCUCUGGCAUCUUCAAGGAAGUCUGUACUUUGCUGCUGGCUACUCACCUCCUGGGGGACCGGCUCAGCCUGUUGAACUGGCUUGGCUUUGCAGUGUGCCUCAUGGGGAUCUCCCUGCACGUGGCACUGAAGGCCCGUGGGGCCAGAGGACAAAGGGGGGCGAAGCAACACGCAGAGUCUGGCGCAAGCUCUGACGUGGAGCUGUUCCUGCUGCAGCAUCAGGAGGAAGAGGAGGCUGAGAGCUCCCCCCCGCGCUGAAGUAUCCACUCCAGGAGCUCCGCCAGAGAGCUCAGGCGACAUCAAGGCAGGAGGUGAUGGCCAACAGUGAGAGGUGCUCCGCUGUGCUGAUUCCCCGUGGAGAGAGCUGGGCAGGGACGUCUCGUCUGUGGGGUGAAGGGUGGUGGGAGGGGAGCUCCCCCUUCCAUAAGCAGAAGCUUGCAGGUAUUUGGACACAGGUGUCUCACCUUGUGAUUGGGGCUUCGUGGAUAGUGUUCUUUGGGCUCUCUAGUAAGAUGGUGGGGCCAAUGUACAUGCCAGGCAGAUGUGCAGAGCUCGUUGGUGUAUUAUAAUGGAAUUGUUCAGGAAUCAUGUUGGACUUGCAGCAGAGCGUGGCUGAGGAGCGUGAGGCAAGGGUCACCCGCUGGAGCUUACAUUUGUUCCUGAUGAAUGAGAGGAAUUGCUGUAAUGGUCAGUUCAGAACUGGAGGUGAUUCUUGAAGCUCCAGACCAGCGGGAGCUAGCAUUUAGGAGAAGGCUGUAGACACCCGAAGCACGGUGCAGGGGGCACUCCUCACUGGUGGGUGGUAAAAGCCACACAAACAAGCUGGGAGCUAGACACGGAAGAGUCAAGGCAGCUUUCAGGGCCAGGACUUGAGUGUGUUGAUGUUUUAGCAUAAUCGUCGAUGACGGGCUGGCAGGAGGAGGCAGUUUUGUGCAUCAGUUAGCUAAAGCUGAACAAAUACCUCUACAGGUGUCUGCAAAUUUAGGUUAGCAUUGGCAACCUACCAAAAACUGUGUUCUGCACGGAUUCCACUUUUCCCAGGAAGAAUGGAAUCUUGCUUGUGAUGUCAUACAGUAGACACCAGUCAUGGGGAUCCAUUCCUGGGAUCGCUGCAAAUGGCGGAAUCAUUGAAUAUUACUGACGGGAUUUCUUGCGAAAUGUUCCGAUGUAAUGGUUUUGCUAACUGCACGGUAGGAGUGAGAAUGGCCUUGCAGCCGCAUCACAUGACCAGACCACGCGUCUGCAAAUGGCGAACAACUCCUGCCCGGUGCUUUGGAGCUGGGGCAAGCACGUCUUUGGCCUGACAUGGCUGCAACCAGGAGCCCUUCCCCUCCAGCUGGGGCUUCCCCCGCCCUUGUCCAGUUUGGGUAGCAGCCGUUUCAAAUGAAAACACAAAUCCUAGAUGGAUUUGCUUUGCUGCUGCUUCCGUUCCCGCUUUUGGAUGCUGGCACAAAACAGGAGGAGGAAACUGAAUUUGAAGGGUAAAUCGUGCGCUCUGUAAACAAGGAUUUUGGGGUGCUGGCUUCUCCCUCCCUCCACCGCUGCCUCUCAGAGCUUUUCCAGCGGUCAUGCCCAGUGAGUGGUGGGCUGUCCAGCAGUUCUCCCCCGUGUUAUCUGAAAUGUGCCGGGGCCACCUGGCCCUAUAGCAGCAAUGUGCUGCUUUGGGGGGUUUUAAAGCAAGUUAUCCUUAUCACAGCACCUGCGUUGUGUGUGAGCUCUUGCCCCCAAGAGCAGCGUCCUGCUUAACCAUCCCUAGUUCAGGUCCUGGCUGCGUUGGUGGGGGUGCUUGGGAUCUCAGUGAGUUUGCUUCUUGUUCGACUGUGAUUGCCACCCCGCUGCGUAGUCGGCCCCUUUAGAUGACUCCCGAUGCAACUCAGCCGUACUUCGUCAGCCUGAGCAAAUGGAUGUUAUUGGGGGGCCCCUGGUUGCCUCCCAGCUCAACCCAGACGCUGGCUCCUGUGUGGUGCACCUCUGUCGUCCCCCUUCCCAAGCACGUGCGUUCUUUUGCUUCAUACCUGCUUCAGUCUUUUGUUGUCAUUUUAUAUUUUAGAUUGUAAGCUCCUUGGGGUAGAGAUCUGGUACUCCAUAAGCAACCUGUCCAGCGACAGCACAAAAUAAAUAAUACAAAUGAAGUCAUAUGGGGGCAGGGCUGGGUGUGUCUUUCUUGAUGUCUUCUGUCGAUUUCUGCUGUUGCUGCUUUAUUGUUGUUUCACCUGAUCCAGAUCUCGAGGAGGGCCUGUCGUCUUCCCCGUGGCCAAGAUUUGUUAGUCUCUUUUGGUGAGGGAUUUCGUCUAAAGCUUUCUUUUUUUUUCCAAAAUUUUUUAUUGGAUGGGUUAACAAAGAUAAACAUGAUAAUCAUUAUCAUUUCCCACCGCAUUACAUUUUCCCCAUCCUUUCCCCCCUCCCUUAUCUAGUGACUCCCAACAGUUUUCCAUACCCAACUUAACCUAAAGAAUAUAUACUAUAAAUUCUUAAAAUCUAUAAUAAUAUGUAUUAAAUAUCGUCUAAAGCUUUCUUGAAGGGCUGAUGGAGGGGGUCUGCUGGCUUAUUUUGCCAGUCUAAAGAAGGGGGAGAGGAAAAAUGCUCCUUGAUAAGCUGCUUUUCUACCUCUUUGAGGGUGUUUUGUGGAUUUCUCAGUUGUACCCCCUUUAUGAUGCAUCUAACUGGACCCAAAUGUACACCUGGCAUUCAGUAGGGGCUUAGGCCUUCUCUCCCUUACAGUUAACGUUAGGCUACCUACUUUCCAUUCCAGCAAAAAGACUACUGCCCUGUUCUCUUUGGCAGGUUUAUUCUUUUCUGAUGUCCUGAAUAAAAUGCAUUACUUUUCUUUGAA